AUUGAUCGGGCAUAGUCAGUUGCCAACACAAAAUACAGAACAAUGCGAAGAAAUUUUCUAGCAUUUCAGAAUGUUUUAAAUUAUGUUAGACAUCUUUCGAUUUUGUCACCGGAAUUAUUGAGGUAAGGGGAAAAUAUAUGAACGACACCGCCGUCAUCAGUAGCUUUGUAAUUACCUCAGGUGAGUUAAUUGGAUCAUGUAAACAUUGUCUGAUUACAUCUAAGCCGAGGAACUGGACCGUUAUAGAUUAUAAUCGCAGAGCUUUUACGAAUUCCUGGUUGAUUAAUUAUGGAAGACGUUAAAGUCUUGGACACUUCCAACGUAAUUGUCUUCGAGGAGCAGAAUUUACAGAGUGGAACCUUUGCUGACCAAAAAUCCUUUCAUGGCAAUAUUCCUGGACAAAGCUGUGAGAUUUGUAGUAAAAUAUUCCCGUCGGAACCUGAAUUAUUAUCCCACAAAGAAAUCCACAAGACAGAGAAACCAUUCCACUGCGAAAUAUGCGGAAAAUCUUUCCCAUCGAACGUUUUUCUGACAACCCACAGAAGGACACAUACGGGAGAGAAACCGUUUCCUUGUGGAAUGUGCGGCAAAUCAUUCGUAAAUAAUUCUCAUCUUGCAAUUCACAAGCGAAUACACACGGGAGAAAAACCAUUCCAGUGUGAAAUAUGCGGCAAAUCUUUCACCCAGAAUGCCAGCCUUGUUAUCCACGUACGGAGCCAUACAGGAGAAAAACCCUUCAAGUGUGAUAUAUGUGGGAAGUAUUUCGUUUCUAAUAUUAUCUUGUCACGGCAUAGAACGAUUCAUACAGGUGAGAGACCAUUUCAGUGUGAAAUAUGCGGGAAAUCUUUUAUUAAUAAUUCGAAACUUGUUAUUCAUAUUCGAAGUCAUACGGGAGAGAAACCGUGCAGUUGUGAUGUUUGCGGGAAGUGUUUCGUGUCCAAUAGUAGUUUGGCGAUUCACAAAAGGCUUCACACGGGAGAGAAAUUGUUACGCUGUGAAAUCUGCGAGAAAACUUUUAUAAAUAACUUGAAACUUGUCAUUCAUGAACGUCGACACACGGGAGAGAAACCGUUUCGCUGUGAAAUCUGCGGGAAGGAUUUUAUUGAGAAUUCUAAGCUUACGAUCCAUCAACGUAGGCACUCCGGAGAAAAACCGUACGUGUGCGAAGUAUGUGGAAAAUCUUAUGUAAAUAACAGUGAUUUAAAAACUCAUGAGCGAAUCCAUAGUGGUGAAAAACCGUUCAGUUGUGAAAUUUGCGGCAAGUCCUUUCUCUAUAGCAGUAAUUUAAAAAGACACGGUAGGAUCCAUACGGGAGAAAACCCCUUUCACUGUGACAUAUGUGGAAAAUCGUUCUCUGAUAAUUCUAAUCUCGUAGUUCACAAACGUAGACACACCGGGGAAUUACCACAUCAUUGUGAAAUCUGUGGCAAGUCGUUUGUAAGUAACAGUGAUUUAAAGACCCAUGAACGAAUCCACACUGGAGAGAAACCCUUCCAUUGUGAUAUCUGUGGGAAAUCGUUCUAUGUGAAUUCACAGCUUGUAGUUCAUAAAAUGAUGCAUGCUGGGGAAAAUCCUUAUUCUUGUGAUAUUUGUGGGAAAUCUUUUCUGACUAAUAGCUUGUUAAAAGCCCACAAAAAAAUUCACAGUGGGGAGAAACCAUAUCAUUGUGAGAUCUGUGGGAAAGCUUUUCUUAAAAACCACGAUUUAAAACGCCACAAUCAAAUCCACACAGGGGAGAAACCUUACCAUUGUGAUAUUUGUGACAAGUCGUUCUGUAAAAAUUCUUCCCUUGUUGUGCACAAGCAGAUACACACGGGGGAAAAAUCGUAUCUUUGUGAUAUGUGUGGGAAAUCCUUCUCCCGGAAUUUCGAUCUUAUGAGCCACAAGCGUAGACACACUGGGGAAAAACCUUGCGCCUGUGGGGUCUGUGGGAAAUCUUUUGUUAAUAACAGUGACUUAAACAUUCACAAACGGAAACACACGGGAGAAAAACUGUUUCACUGUGAAAUCUGUGGGAAAUCUUUUAUUACCAGCAGUCUUUUAAAGAGACAUGGACGCAUACACUCUGGUGGGAAGGCUUUAAAAUGUGAAACCUGAGAGGUUUUUCCUUGUAAGUCUAAAUUUAUAGUCCAGUACCAAGUAAACAUUGGAGACCAUUUAUUCCUUUAGCAUUUGAACCGGCCAAAAUAAUAUUUCUGUUUUGAUUUCAAACUGGCUAGAUCUAGCCUUUCACACCUACCCUACAAUGUCAUUCUAAAAAUAAAUAAUCCCAUCAUCAAAAUGUGAAAGCUAUGAGAUAAUCCAUGAUUAAUUCAAAACAAUUUGAAUAAACAAGCUUUACAUUUUGACAGGGUAAUCUGAAUUUGAAAGAGUUAAUCUUUGUGUAAUAUUUUGGAAAUCACUCUCAUUGUAUUCUCAUCUUUUAAUAUAGAAAUGUAGUCUCAUUUCAGAGAAAUCUUAACUCUUUUACUUGUUUCAGUCGUUUGACUGUGGCCAUGCUGGAGCACCACCUUUAGUCGAGCAAAUCGACCCCAGGUCUUAUUCUUUGUAAGCCUAGUA